CAGAAGAGAAGAAAAAGCGAAGAGCUUUGCUUGGUGCAUUCAUCGAGUGAAGAAUUGUGGAGGAAGAGGACGAGGUAGAGGAAGAAUCAAUGGAAGAAGUGAAAGCUCCAACAACGAAGAAGAGGCCAUUGGACUCUGAUUCCCACUCCAAUUACCAUAAGAUUCGUGCUGUUAUUCGUGAUCUUCGUCCCCACUUUCUCCAGGUUCUCCGAACUCCUGAUUACAAAAAUUGCCAGGCAUCCCGUGAAAUUCAAGAACAGCUGAAGAUUGUCAUUAAAUUCAAUGACAAAAUGAAAGCGGAAUCGGUUUCACUAGGAAAAUGUCAGAACGUUCAAGAUGGCCAGACAAAGGCUAGCACUAACGUGGAUCAAAAAACGCUGAAAGAGCAGCAGCCUCAACAUGUCAAGUCUGCAGAACAGUCUCAAGUAGAGAAAGCAUCUGCGCGGCCAUCUGAAAUUAAGCUUACUCCACCAGUUCCUGGUCUUCAGAAGCUGCAGGCUGAAGAUGGUCAGACACAAGGGACGUAUGUAGUUGGAGGAUCAGCUUUUGGCUGGAAUUUUAUCAUCUUUUCAGGCAAGGAGCCUGUCUAUUAUGGUAGGACAAAGGAACAAUUUCGAUCAGGAAAAGUGACAGAGUAAUCAAUCCUAUAGAGCUCGAAACCCCCAUUGGUUGAUGGUGGAUAGAAUUAUAUAUUGUACAAGUGGAACAAUUUUUAUUUUUUUUGGUUAUGAUUAAAACUUUUAAAUUUACCAAGAGCUUGGCACGAAUGCUGUAAUAUUUUUGCUGCUGGUAGUAUUUCAUCUU